AUGCUCAAUUCUGGAAAACCACAAUCUGAAAUUGAUGUUACUUAUGCACCUAAAAUUACACGAAAACUUUCAUCAGUUAAUUGGAAUGAAUUGUCUGCGAAAAAUGUGUAUGACAUUCAAAGAGCAUUAACAGGAAUAUAUCCAUUGAUAACAAACUAUAAUGGUGAAAAAAUGAAAAUUUUUGGGGUAAAAUUACUCAAUAAUCCAUCAGACAAAUCAAUUACGUCACAAAUUACGCCAGGAUUAAUGAUGUUCGAUAAAAAAUUAAAUUUAUUAAUAGUUCAAUGUAAAGAUGGCAAUUGGAUAUCUGUGGAGCAAGUAUCACUGGCUAAUCGUAAAAAAAUGUCAGCGAAAGAAUUUUACAAUGGAUUUUUAUCACGAAAAGAAAAUCGAGUAGUUUUAAAAUAUUCUAACGAUUAG